AUGGCUAUUGACUCGGCUUUGAAAUAUCAGCUCGUAGCUGAAUGCGGGAGUGCCAGAGCUGCAAAUCUUACUCUUCCUCACGGAACACUUAAAACGCCAGUAUUCAUGCCAGUGGGAACCAACGGCACUAUAAAAGGCCUUACGAACGAAGAGGUCGAGAAGCUAGGCUUUGGCAUCAUCCUGGGGAAUACGUAUCAUCUUGGAAACCGUCCCGGGUUGGACGUAAUAGAGAAAGUUGGCGGCCUCCACAAAUUCAUGAAUUGGAACCGAAACUUGCUUACAGACAGCGGCGGAUUCCAGAUGGUUUCCUUGCUUCCGUUGGCGAAGGUGACAGAAGAGGGGGUGCUUUUUCGAUCUCCGCAUGAUGGCUCUCAAAUGGCGCUCACUCCAGAGCACUCGAUGCGCAUUCAAAACGCGAUUGGAGCCGACAUCAUCAUGGCGCUAGAUGACGUCGUCGCAACGAUGACCGAGUUGCCACGAAUAGAGGAAGCCAUGUACAGAACUCUCAGGUGGAUAGACCGAUGUAUAGAGGCGCACAAAAGGCCUCACGACCAAAACCUUUUUGGAAUUGUCCAGGGAGGCCUCGACCCCGAAUUGAGGAAGAUUUGCAUUAAGAAUUUGCUGUCCAAAAAUCUCCCGGGAUACGCCAUCGGGGGGUUGUCUGGCGGCGAGGCCAAGGACGUGUUUUGGCGUAUAGUCAAAAUUUGCACAGAUCUUCUCCCGAAAGACAAACCGAGGUAUUUGAUGGGGGUGGGCCAUGCGCUCGAUAUGGUCGUAUGCGUGGCUUUAGGAGUGGACAUGUUCGAUUGCGUCUAUCCGAGUCGCACCGCUCGACUAGGCACCGCGCUCGCCAGAAGGGGGAACCUGAAUUUAAGGUCUGCUGUGCAUCAAUGUAGUUAUGUACCCAUAGAAGAAGAGUGUCUAUGUGAAGUCUGUAAGCGAUACACGCGCGCUUACUUGCAUUUUUUGUACAAAACUGAAGGAAUUGCCUGUCAGCUGCUUACUAUACACAAUUUGAGCUUUCAGAAAAGACUGAUGGAUAACCUUCAUCAAGCAAUAGCUAACGGUGUAUUCCCCGAGUUCGUGUGCGAAUUCUUGUUACAUCAGUUCCCAGAAAAAGAUUAUCCCGCCUGGGUCGUCAAAGCGCUUCACAGCGUUGGUAUCUUCAUUUGAAAUAAAAAAAAAAAAUACGAAAAGGUUGCUCACUUCUUUUUUCAUGGCAGCUCGUUAGCGCUCGCUGUUCCAGAGGGCUCGACAAGACAGACUCGACUGGGGCACCUCGCAUUCUGCAUGAAAGCAGUGCUCCUAGAAGACUGUUUUUCUGGGAUUCUAAAAUAA